CCUCAGCCAAUCAGUGCCGGAGAAUCCGUCAAAGCAGGAAGUCGUCAUUGCUGGCAGAGCAGUAUAUUCCCGCGAAGAUCGAGACUCAGUAGAUGAAUUACAGUUGUUUUCCCAGUUGAGAGUCCCAGCACCAUGAGUAAGAGGAAGAUACAAGAGGCUCAUUUGCCAAUAGGAGAAUGCAUCACACAGGUUCAGGAGAUUUUAAGGGAGCGGCUUUGCCAUCAGCAGCUCCCUGACAAGCCGGAGGGACUGGAAGCUCAACACAAACACCUCCUGGAGCUGCUGAAGCGGACGGCCGUCCACGGGGAGAGUAACUCGGUGCUAAUCGUCGGCCCCAGGGGGGCAGGGAAAACAAUGCUCCUGAAGUGUGUGCUGAGAGACCUGCUAGAGGAAAAAGAAGCCCAAAAAAACCUGCUACAGGUUCAUCUCAACGGUCUCCUGCAGACUGACGACAGGAUCGCACUGAAAGAGAUAACGCGGCAGCUCCACCUGGAAAACGUCGUCGGUGACAAAGUGUUUGGCAGUUUUGCAGAGAAUCUGGCUUUCCUGUUGGAGGCAUUGAAGAAAGGGGAUCGCAGCAGCAGCCGCCCCGUGUUGUUGGUCCUGGAUGAGUUUGACCUUUUCGCCCACCACAAGAACCAGACUCUGCUCUACAAUCUGCUGGACGUCUCCCAGUCGGCCCAGGCUCCCAUCGCCGUGGUCGGCAUUACCUGCCGACUGGAUGUUCUGGAGCUGCUGGAGAAGCGGGUGAAGUCGCGGUUCUCCCACCGUCAGAUCCACCUGCUGAGCAACCCGACGUUCCCUCAGUACCUGGCGCAGGUCCGGACCCAGCUCAGCCUGCCCGCCGACUUCCCCGACGCCCAGUUCGCCGAGGACUGGAACGCCAGCGUAAAGACGCUGGUUGAAGACAGAUCAGCGGUGGAUGUUUUACAGAGACACUUCAACUCCAGCAAGGACUUCCGUUCGAUGCACGUGCUGCUGAUGUUGUGUCUGAGUCGCGUGUCCGUAGCCAAGCCUGCCGUCAAACCCGCAGACCUGCUGGAGGCCAGCAGACUGUGUUUCUCAGACGCCAAGGCCAACAUACUCCACGGUCUGUCCGUCUUGGAGCUGUGCCUGAUCAUCGCCAUGAAACAUCUCAACGACGUCUACGAAGGAGAGCCGUUCAAUCUGCAAAUGGUUCACAACGAGUUUAAGAAGUUCCUGCAGAGGAAGUCAAACUCCAUGUACAACUUUGAGCAGCCUGUCAUCAUGAAGGCCUUCGAGCACCUGCAGCAGCUGGAGCUGAUCUGGCUGCUCGACAGCUCGGCGGCCCGAAUCCAGAGGGAGUACCAGCUGAUGAGACUCAUGCUGGACCACAGUCAGAUCAUGGAGGCCCUGCAGAAAUACCCACAAUGCCCCACUGACAUCAAGCAGUGGGCCAUGUCGGUGUUCAGCUAGGACUCUAAGCAUCCUUUUGGACUUAUAUAAAACAAAAUGUCACCUGCACUGUUAGAGAAAAUGUAAAGUUAUAUACCUCAAAGUUUGGUAAAAGUGUGGGAAUAUAAUACAGACCACUAGAGCUGAAAUAUUUUACCAAAUGGAAACGACAUGAAUCGACACCAGUAGUGGUAAUAUAUAUCAUGUUUCAAGAUUAUUUUUUCAUGUACUCAGAACAGCGAAUUUGUCCUGGAGCAGAGUUUUCAUAACACGUCUCUGGAAAAUGAUCAGUUAUCACAAAAUAAAAAAAGAAAUGGUGAGCUUUUUUUUAUGAGUCUGUUCUCUAAUUCGGACCAUCUAUUAGGGUCACGGAGAGAUUUCUUUUGAGACUACUACUACUACUACUACUACUACUACUACUACUACUACCAGCCUGCUGUCUGAUUUAAGCUAUAUGUGUUCUAUGUAUAUUCUCAAAAGGAGAAGAAUAAAGAGGAAAUGUAAAGCGACCAUA